AUGGAAAUUGAAUUUAUACAAAAUUUGGAAAAAUUUUGUAUAGGAUUACAAUCAAAUAAAAGUAAUGAAAGGGAAACAUCAGAACAAUCAAUUCUUACAUUAAUGAAAACUCCACAACCAUAUAAAUUAUGUUUUAAUUUAUUAUCAAAAAGCAAUUUAACAAUUGCACAUUUUUAUGGAUUAUUAAUGAUCAGAGAUAGUGCAAUUAGGGAAUGGGCAGCAUUAGAUAGUCAAACUAAAAUAAUGAUUAUUGAAACUUUAUUUCAAUAUAUUGAAAAUAUGAACUCUAUGAAUUUUUUAAAUUAUGCUACCAAAGGUCAAUCAUUUAAUACACUUGGUGUAAUUAUUAAAAGAAGUUGGUUAGAUAAUGAAAAGUAUGAGAUUGGAAAAGGACAAAUGGAGUUAAACCAAAUAGUUAUGGACAGAGUUUACCAAUACAUUGAUAGUGGUUCACCAGAUAGAAUUGAAAUUAGUAUUAAAAUCAUUGGUUCGUUAAUUAUAGAAUUCUCAUCGUCGAGUAAAGCAGCACAUAUUCAAUUGAGUUGGGAAUUUCAUCAAAAGUGUUUAAUUACAUUUCAAAACUUACAUUUACAACCAAUCUUUAGAAAGGUUUUAGAAUUAUUACAACAAUUCAAAGACCAUAUCCAACAGGUACCAUCAAGAUUAACCGAUCAAAGUUUCUUACAAAUUCUUUAUACCUCUGUGAAAGUAUUUACCGAUAUUUUAGAUUGGAGAUUCUUAGAAUCUGGUUCAUCAGUAUUAGCAUACAUUACAAGUUUUAGUGGUGGUAGAACAAAUCUUAAACCAACAAUCGAAUGGAUUUCAUUAUUCACCCCAUCACAAAGUGGAGGAGGUAUAUCACCAAUUGUUUCAUUAGUAUUUGGAUUAUAUCAAUUGGUUGAAAAAGUUGAAAAGAUACCAAAUUUAUUACGUCAUGCUAUGAGUCAACUAUGUGGUUUACAAGGACCAAUUAUUAAGGAUCAAAAAAUUAAGAAUCAAUAUUUAAGUGAAGUUUUAACAUUUACAAAUAAAUUAAUUGAAAAAUCAAUUACUACAAGAAAUUGGAAUGAAAUGGAAGAUAUUUCAAAUAUAAUUUAUAAAUUUUGUAAUACUUAUAAAUUUAGUGGUAUUGCAUGUUUACCAAAUCAGAUUGUUAUACCAUUCCUUCAAUAUACAACACAAUUUGUAUUGUCAUCGUUGAAUUUAAUGAAAAUUUGGGCAAAACAUGGUGAAGAGGAAUUGGAGGAAGAGUUUGAAAAUGAUUGUUUCGAUAUUUUAUUACGUUCAUUCGUUUCAUUGAUAUCCGAUGCAGAGAUGUUAAUUAAUCGUAAGAGGGUUGACCAAUUGGAAAACUUUAAAGAACAAUAUCAAGUACUCAAACAAUGUACUUCCCAAAUCUACCAAAACUACAUUCAAUCAAGAUUGGAACUAUCAGAAAUUGAAAUUAAUAAAUCCAAUGAAGAGUUAGAACCAACCUGUAAAAGUAGAGGUGGUAUUGGUGGUGCUGAAGAUGAGAUUGAUGAAGAUAAAAAGAAAUAUGAUGAACAAUUACGUUCAGUUGCAUAUAUUGGUAGAUUAAAUCCUGGUCAAUCAUUAGAACUAUUAAAGAAUGAAAUUAAUAGAGUCAUAAAUUCAUUGAAGGAAAGAGUAUCAGAUCCUAUCCUAUUCGAAUCACUUCAUUGGUUAUUAAUUUUCGCAGGUCAUUUAAUUUUCGAUGCUGAAAAUAAAACACCAUCUGCUAUUCCAAAUGCAAUUGAAGAUUAUACAUUUGAACAAUGUAAAUUGACACCAGCAUCUCAAGUUGAUGGUGUUAUUGAUUUAUGUAAUGCGGUUUUCAGAUUUCAUAUGGAAUAUGAAAAUCCAUUAUUAAACAAUGGUAAAAUGGACACCAUAUCACCACUAGUCUCACAAACUAGUCUUUGGUUUACCAGUGGUUGGAGUUUAGUUUAUUUAUUACCAUCAAGUGUAUUCAAUGUUCAAAUAUCACCAAAAAUCAUUGAAGCAUAUGGAACUGAACAACCUUUAUUAUCAAUUACCGAUUAUUUCAUUAAUAAAAUUUUAUUGAAUUUGAAAUGUUGGUCUGGUGAUUUAGAUGUUUUAAAGGCAACAUCAAAUCUAUUAAAUAGUUUCACAUUGAAUAAAGAACUUUGUAAAUAUUUAAUUAGAUCACCAAACUGGUCAAGAUUAUUCUUUUUAGAGGGUAUUUCAUUACUACCACCAUCAGUGUAUGGUCAAUUAUUUAAAGCAUUCUCUAGAGUGGUUUUCUCAUUCCCACUUUCAACACGUAGAGAAUAUUUCAUUCAAUUGGUUAAAACAUUGGUUGAACAAAUGGAUGGUGUAUUGGGUAGAGCAGAUUUUACAAAGAUUUCACAAGAGGCUAAAAUCAAAGAAAACAUUUAUAUCCUCCUCGAGAAAUUGAAUGGUAUAGUUAGUGUAAGUGAAUCUGAAUAUGUAGAUGAUGAAGACGAUUGUCUAUUCCUUACAGUGGAUUUAUUCACAAAGUAUGCCACCUCACUAAUUGCAAUGAUACCACUCUAUGAUCAUUGUAAUGAUAUUGUAUUACUUAUCCUACGUUUAUUCUCAAAUUUUACAAAACAUCAAUUGGAAUAUUUAAAUCAAGAUCGUGCUCGUUCAAUUUUCCCAUUAAUAAUUCAAUUAUUUAAUUCAGUUGCAACCACUUCAUCUCAUAAGAAAACUUUAGAUUCAAAAGAAUAUUAUCAUAGAGUUAGAAUGAUGGUUAAAAUUUUAACAAAUAUUAUUACAUUUGGUGAUCAAAGAAAUAAUUGUCCAACUAUUAUUUCUGAAACAAUUUUUCAUGCUAUAAAUAUAAUUACACCAUGUUUAUCAAAUAAUGAUUUAUUAUUAUAUCCAAAAUUAGCAAGAAAUUAUUUUAUGAUUACAUCAUUUUUAUUUGGUGCAGAUAAUAUUCAAGUAAAGAAUAUACCAGUAAUUAAUACAAUUUAUUCAUUAAUUGAAGCUGGUAUACUUCAUCAUGAUUUAGAGAUUGUUAAAUCAUGUUUUGAAUGUAUUGGUUGUUUAACUAAAAGUUUAGAGAAUAGUAAAGAGAAAUCUGGUGGAUUAGUCGAUCCUCAUUAUCAAAGUGUACUCAUUCAAUUCAUUGGUUCAGUUAUUAAUUUCUUAUUACUUCAAGAUUUUAAUGUCGAUGAAUUAUUAUCAGUUGCUUCUGAAACUUUAUUCUCUUUAAUGUAUUCUUCACCAGAUGGUUAUAGAUCAAAAGUAAUUGAAUUAAUCACUCGUCAAGAUCCAUCAAUUCAAUCAAGAGUAGUACAACAAUUUGAAACUCUUACUAUAAUUGGUACUGAUAGAAAAUCAAAAGAUUUAUUUAUGAAAAAUUUACAAAAUUUCUUAGUAAAUGUAAAAUCAUUAAUUAAUAAAAAAUAA